AUGCCGCAAAUUAUUCACCUCGUGCGCCACGGUCAAGCCGUUCAUAACCUCGGCGAAGCAAACAACAUUCUGCCCGACACAGACUUGACGCCUUUGGGACAAGAGCAAGCCAAAGGCCUGAUCUCCAAGUGCCCAGAGCUUGUCAAUGUUGACCUCAUUGUGUCAUCGCCAUUGCGGCGAACUCUCCAAACGACCUUGCUGGGGUUCUCUUCACAACUAGAGCGCGGCUUACAAAUUGUGGCCUUGCCAGAAGUGCAGGAAGUCAGCGCUAUGAACUGCGACACGGGCAGUGAUCUCGCUGUGAUAAAGGAGGAGUUCAGACAAGAACCUGUGGAUUUCAGUCUGGUUGAGCCGGGCUGGCAAGUCAAGGAGGGUAAAUGGGCUCCAGUUGUGGGCAGUAUUUCAGAGAGGGCCCGGGCCGCACGGCAAUGGCUGAGUGAAAGACCCGAGUCAGAAAUCGUGGUUGUCACUCAUGGUUGCUUCUUACAUUUCUUCACGGAUGAUUGGGUCAACUCUGUGAACCCAGAUGGUACGGAUUGGGCCAAUGCAGAAGUUCGUUCUUACACGAUUUCGCAUGACGACCGCGAAGGGCCAGUUUUAUGUGAGACUAUAGAGUCUAGAAUGAGACGAGGAGUAGAUCCAGUUCCUCUGACGAGAGAAGAACAAUUAUAUCUACGACAGAAUGCAAUGAAGGCAGCGAUUGAAUGGGGUCUUAUACGGCCGUGA